UCCGGACGCAGCGCGGGCGGCGGUUUGCUAGCUGCGGGUGGACGGAGAAGUGACCUGUGUUCGGGUGUCUCGCCCGUUCGCGGCGGGGCGAGGCCGGGCAGUGCGCGGCGGUAGUAGAACGAACGUCGUGCGGGCGGGGCGCCCGCGGCUGGGCCCAUGGCCUCCUGCGCGAGCAUCGACAUCGAGGACGCCACGCAGCACCUGAGGGACAUCCUCAAGCUGGACCGGCCCGCUGCGGGCCCCAGUCCAGAGAACCAGCGACCAUCCAGCACCUACAAUGGGGAUCUCAAUGGGCUUCUGGUCCCAGAUCCUCUCUGCUCAGGUGAUGGUACUGCAGCAAGCAAGUCUGGUCUCCGGACCUUGCCGCCCAUUAACCUGCAGGAGAAACAGGUCAUCUGCCUGUCAGGGGAUGACAGCUCUACCUGCAUUGGGAUUUUGGCCAAAGAGGUGGAGAUUGUGGCCAGCAGCGACUCAAGCAUUUCGAGCAAGGCACGGGGAAGCAACAAGGUGAAAAUACAGCCUGUCGCCAAAUAUGACUGGGAGCAGAAGUACUACUACGGCAACCUGAUCGCUGUAUCGAACUCCUUUUUGGCCUAUGCCAUUCGGGCUGCCAACAAUGGUUCAGCGAUGGUGAGAGUGAUCAGCGUCAGCACUUCAGAGCGAACUCUGCUGAAAGGCUUCACAGGCAGCGUGGCUGACCUGGCCUUCGCACACCUCAACUCUCCACAGCUGGCAUGCCUAGAUGAGGCAGGCAACCUGUUUGUUUGGCGUUUAGCUUUGGUCAAUGGCAAGAUCCAAGAAGAGAUCUUGAUCCAUAUCCGGCAGCCAGAGGGCACGCCACUGAACCAUUUCCGCAGGAUCAUCUGGUGCCCCUUCAUCCCUGAGGAGAGUGAGGACUGCUGCGAGGAGAGCAGCCCAACCGUGGCCCUGCUGCAUGAAGACCGGGCUGAGGUGUGGGACCUGGACAUGCUCCGCUCCAGCUACAGCACCUGGCCUGUGGAUGUUGGCCACAUCAAGCAGGGCUACAUUGUGGUGAAAGGCCACAGCACGUGCCUCAGCGAAGGUGCCCUCUCCCCUGAUGGGACUGUCCUGGCUACUGCGAGCCAUGAUGGCUAUGUCAAGUUCUGGCAGAUCUACAUUGAAGGGCAGGAUGAGCCAAGGUGUCUGCAUGAGUGGAAGCCACAUGAUGGGCGGCCUCUCUCCUGCCUGCUGUUCUGUGACAACCAUAAGAAGCAGGAUCCUGAGGUCCCUUUUUGGAGGUUCCUCAUUACUGGAGCUGACCAGAAUCGGGAACUGAAGAUGUGGUGCACAGUGUCCUGGACCUGCCUGCAGACUAUCCGCUUCUCCCCAGAUAUCUUCAGCUCAGUGAGUGUUCCCCCAAGCCUCAAGGUUUGUUUGGACCUUUCAGCAGAAUACCUGAUUCUCAGCGAUGUGCAACGGAAGGUCCUCUACGUGAUGGAGCUGCUACAGAACCAGGAGGAGGGCCGCGCCUGCUUCAGCUCCAUCUCCGAGUUCCUCCUCACCCAUCCCGUGCUGAGCUUUGGGAUCCAGGUUGUGAGCCGCUGCCGGUUGCGACACACUGAGGUGCUGCCUGCCGAGGAGGAGAAUGACAGUCUGGGGGCUGAUGGUGCCCACGGAGCUGGUGCCAUGGAGUCUGCAGCCGGUGUACUCAUCAAGCUCUUCUGUGUGCAUACUAAGGCUCUACAAGAUGUGCAGAUCCGCUUCCAGCCACAGCUGAACCCUGAUGUGAUAGCCCCGCUCCCCACACACACUCCCCAUGAGGAGUUUGCAUUUGGAGAAUCUAGAUCUGAAUUAGGCUCUGAGGGCCUGGGGUCAGCCUCUCAUGGCUCCCAGCCUGACCUCCGACGCAUUGUGGAGCUGCCUGCACCUGCUGACUUCCUCAGUCUGAGCAGUGAGACCAAGCCCAAGCUGAUGACACCUGACGCCUUCAUGACACCCACUGCCUCCCUGCAGCAGAUUGCUGCAUCCCCUGGCAGUAGCAAUAGCAGCAGCAGCAGCAGCACUAGCAGCAGUAGCAGCAGCAGCAGCUCUCUCACAGCCGUGUCUGCCAUGAGUGGCACCUCAGCUAUGGACCCCUCCUUGGCCAGGCCACCUGAGGAGCUGACCUUGAGCCCCAAGCUGCAGCUGGAUGGCAGCCUGACAGUGAGUGGCAGCAACAGUCUGCAGGCAAGCCCACGCAGCCUCCUGCCUGGCCUUCUCCAAGGCCCAGCUGACAAACUGACUCCCAAAGGACCUGGGCAGGUACCUACUGCUGCCUCUGCACUGUCCCUGGAGCUGCAGGAAGUAGAACCUCUGGGACUUCCCCAGGCUUCUCCCAGCCGCACCCGCUCCCCUGAUGUUAUCUCCUCGGCUUCCACUGCCUUGUCCCAGGACAUUCCUGAGAUUGCGUCCGAGGCCCUGUCCCGUGGCUUUGGCUCCUCUGCCCCUGAAGCCCUUGAGCCAGACAGUAUGGCCUCAGCUGCCUCAGCACUACACCUGCUCUCUCCACGGCCCCGUCCAGGGCCCGAGCUUGGCCCCCAGCUUGGCCUCGAUGGAGGCCCAGGGGAUGGGGAUCGGCACAGUACUCCUUCCCUGCUGGAGGCAGCCUUGAGCCAGGAAGUUGUGACUGCUGACAGUCAGGUUUGGCCUACAGCACCUGAUAUUACUCGUGAGACCUGUAGCACCCUGGCAGAGAGCCCCAGGAAUGGCCUCCAGGAAAAGCACAAGAGCCUGGCCUUCCACCGACCACCUUACCACCUGCUACAGCAACAUGAUAGCCAGGACACCAGUGCUGAGCAAAGUGAUCACGAUGAUGAGGUGGCCAGCCUGGCUUCUGCCUCAGGAGGCUUUGGGACCAAAGUUCCCCCUCCACGGCUCCCCGUCAAGGACUGGAAAACCAAGGGGUCCCCUCGGACCUCACCUAAGCUCAAGCGGAAAAACAAGAAGGAUGAUGGGAAUUUAGCUGUGGGGCCGCGGCUUACGGAACACCAGGUGGUAGAGCCCCCUGAGGACUGGCCAGCACUGAUUUGGCAACAGCAGAGAGAGCUGGCAGAGCUGCGGCACAGCCAGGAAGAGCUGCUGCAGCGCCUGUGUGCCCAGCUCGAAGGCCUACAGAACACGGUCACGGGUCUUGUGGAACGAGCUCUGGAGACUCGACAUGAGCAAGAACGUAUCCUUGAGGGCGGUAGCACGGUGCAGUGAAGGCAGACAGAGGGAGAGGUAGCCCCCCAGGUCCAGGGAGGAGUAUGGCACCUGGUACCU